AUCAAGCUGUUUCUUUUUUUUGUUUAUAAGUGUGUGUCGUUCCUCUGCUUUACGACAGUAAGGGGAAUGUUGCCAUGCCGUAAAGCACUUCGUCCGACCUGCCAGUGAAGAGACUGAAGGCCUGAAAGCUUAUAAAUUUAUAGACGAUGAAAGCUGACUUCACGAUACGCUCUUUCCUAUUCUAGACUGUGUUCAAGUCUUUCUCACGAUGAUUAUAGAGAAUGUGGAUGCCUUGAAGUCGUGGCUGGCAAAACUCCUGGAGCCAAUAUGUGACGCUGACCCCUCUGCUCUUGCUAACUAUGUAGUGGCGCUUGUGAAGAAAGACAAAUCAGAGAAGGAGCUAAAGGCCCUGUGUGCAGAUCAGCUUGACGUCUUUCUACAAAAAGAGACGGUCGGAUUUGUGGACAAGCUCUUUGAAUGUCUGACAACCAAGAACUAUUUAGGGAAUACUGUUGCCAAGGAGUCUCCCAAAGAGGAGGUCAAACCUGCACCAGCCAAAGCUGAAACUCGGGAGGUCGGAAGAUUUCAGGGUGAAGCCCCAGAGGAAGAGCGGGAAAACAGGCGGAGAAGAAGUCCUUUAAGAAACCGCUCUGAUUUCAAUGAGCCAAGGAGCCGUGACGAGAGGCGACGUGAGGAGCGCAAGCGUCGUGACUUUGAACGACAUGGGAAAAGUGGCAGCGACUCCCAUCGGGAGCGCCACGACCGCCGCAGGGGGAGCCCUCGCGGGAGGAGCUACAGCCGGAGCAGGAGCCGGAGUAGGAGUGGCAGCCAGGGAAAGAACAGGGACCGGGAGCACAGAGGCGGGAGAGACUUCAAGUCCAAGUUUGAGGUGGAGAGGAAGGACAUGGACGGCUACAAUUCUUCAAACACGCCAGGCCCCCAGCAGCAGACACAACAGCAGCAGCAACAGCAGCAGCACUCGUCACCACUGCUGCCUCUGUCCACGCCACCACCACCACACUCUUUCUCCUCCUCAUCUUCAGUCAGCGUGUCAGCGGCUCCCGUCGCCACUCCUGCUCGCAUCCCUGAUGGCACGAAGGACAGCUGGUCAGGCUACUACAGUGCACAGAGGCAGGAUGGUGUCAACAAGCAGUUCGGCAACAAGCCUCCAUCUCUGAAACAGCGCUGCCGGGAUUAUGAUGAAAAAGGCUUCUGCGUCCGUGGAGAUCACUGUUUGUUCGAUCACGGCAAUGAUCCUCUUGUGGUGGACGAUGUCAAUCUCCCCAACAUGAUCCCUUUCCCGCCGCCGCCGGUGCUGCCCCCUGCUGGCAUGCCCAUGCCGCGCAUCACAGAGCCGCCUCCGCCCAUCAGGUUACCACUGAUGCCACCUUUUCCACAGCCUCCACCACCAGGAGUCUUCAAUAUGGCAGGACCUCCACUGAUAGCAACCAGUGGAAUUGAAACCCCCAACCACCACUCCGCAAUCACUUCUUCUCCUCCAAUUGGACCUCCUGGCGUGGGGCUGCCACCUGCACUGCCUCCUCCUCCUCUUCCUCCUCCUCCUACUCUUCCUCCUUCCUCAACAUCUGUGUCACUCCGCCCCCAAUAUGUCCAGUCUGAAUAUAAAUACGACCCUGAGGGCUACAAUCCAGAAUCCCCCGGCCUCACUGGAGCAGGUCGCAACCCGUACCGCCAGUUCAUGCCUCGAGUUCAAGCCCAGCGCUCAAACCUCAUCGGCCUGACCUCCAGCGAGGGGCAAGUCUCCAGAGGUAGAGCUACCAACAUGGGGAGCAAGAGCGAUCCUACAACCACAACCAGCGACCAAGGAAACAACGUGGCCCGCGUCAACCCAGAACAGGACGGCAGGAAGCGAAUCGUUACGACGAAUGCAGCUGAUGGGCCGGCAGCCAAAAAGCCCUGGAUGGACAAGCCGAACUUCAACAACCAACAUAAAGGCCCGUUUCCCAAACGGAAUCAUUAUGUGAACACCAAGCUGGAGGUGCGCAGGAUCCCCCGGGAACUCAACAACAUCACCAAGCUCAACGAGCACUUCAGCAAGUUCGGGACCAUCGUCAACAUCCAGGUGGUGUUUGGCGGCGACCCAGAAGCGGCGUUGAUCCAGUACACGAUGAACGAAGAGGCCCGACAGGCCAUAUCCAGCCCGGUGGCGGUCCUCAACAACCGCUUCAUCCGUGUGUACUGGCACCGGGAAUCUGCUCCCAAUCCUCAGCAGCAGGACCCAGCUUCUGCCAACCAGAUGGGAGGGUCGGCACCGGUUCAGGGACCGCCACACUUGCACAAGGGCAUCAAGCAGCACAACCCAGCUGCCUAUGUGCUUAACAACACUGUUCCCAAGCACCGUCCGCCGGGAGCAGCUGGGACUCCAGCUCCGACCAAAGCAGACAACCCAAACACAGACGCUGUCACUGUGGCGUCUGCGAUGCCCAACACCCAGAAGAGCUUCAACACGCCGCUCAAGUCAUCCUCCAAGAGCCUUGGGAAAACGGGGAAAGCACUCGAAGCACAGGAAGUUCUGAAGAAGAAGCAGGAGGCGCUAAAGCUCCAGCAGGACAUGAGGAAGAAGAAACAGGAAAUGCUGAAGACACAGAUCGAGUGUCAGAAGGCUCUCAUAAACCGCCUGGAGAAGAACCGUGGGAUGAAACCAGAGGAGAGGGCCAACGUGAUGAAGACAUUAAAAGAGCUGACGGAGAAAAUAACUCAGCUGCAAAACGAAAUGAACCCCGCCUCCCAGGUGUCCAGCGCCAAACCCAACAACAAUGACAAUAACAAUCAGCCCAAGACAAAAACUGAUGCACAGAAAGAACUGCUGGACGCUGAGCUGGACUUCCACAAGAGGAUGACGUCUGGAGAAGACACGACCGACCUCAAGCGGAAGCUUGGGCAGCUGCAGGUGGAGGCGACACGCUUGGGUAUCAUCCGCCCCCCGCUCGGUCGCGGCCGCGGCCGGGGAAAGGUGGCGCAAGAGCCCGGCGUGGGGCGAGGCCGAGGGCGGAGUCGUGAGCUGGCGGGCAGGGGCGGCGCUGUCAACCACAUGGUCGUGGACCACAGGCCGAGAGCGAUCGCCAUCGUGGGCGUCAUGGAGGAGGAGAGGGACGAUCUGCUGCCGCACUUUGUCAAAUACGGGGAGAUCGAGGAGCUCCGGAACCAGGACGCCAACACCGUCAUCAUGACCUUCAAGACGCGGAGUGAAGCUGAGAAAGCGGCGAACAAAGGAGCCAAGUUCAAAGGUCGAAAGUUGGAGAUCUUCUGGUACAAGCCCCUGAUGCCCUCCGCCGCCGCCGAGCCGGACGAGGACGAGUCCAAGGACGAGGACAUCAAGAAGGAAGGCGGCGCCCUGCAGCCUGGGGAGGAGGAGGAAGAGGAAGAGGAGGAGGACGACGACGAAGACGACGAUCGCCGAUCCUGGAGGCGAUGAAGACGUCCUCUCCGCGGCAGCCGAACCCAUUUAGUUUUUCUUUCCCAGUAUUUUCAAAAGGUCAUUUUAGAUUCUCAGACAGCCGAGCGUCCGAAGAGGAGGGGCUCGCGCUUCCCUCCCAUUAUUUAAGAAGAAAUCUCUCUUUUGCCGAGAGGUGAUUCAGUUCUUAGACUGAGAAACGUGCUUACCAGAUGAUUCGGAUCAGUAAUGCACAACAUUUGUGUCUACUGUGAACAGGUAUUUUUAUACGAGCUGUAUUUAAACAUUCUCCCACCAGUCGUUCAUGACGAAAGGAAUCUUGCCCUCAGUUCAGGGACGGCCGUCAUUCCAUCCAACUCUCGCGUGACAGGAGCGUUUCCUCGCGGCUUUAGCUGGUCCACCCGUGCAAUAGAAGUCCUGUUUACAAACGGCCCGGAGACGUCGCCCACCUUUCACCCGGAGGUCCUGGUCACCCAAGAGAGCCGACACCAACCACAGAUCCUGACGCUCAGACAGGUGUUUGAAUGUAACAGUUGAUUUUAAUAUAUAUUAAUAUAUAUAUAUUUCUUUGCCUUACUCGGUCAGCGGAUCGCUGAGUUUUUACAGGAUUUGUGAUUUAGUUUUUGUAAAUUUUGUAAAUGCUUCUACCUUAUUGAUGUCUGUUCUUUUUUUUUUUUUUAAACCCUUAAGGUGGCAGGUGAUCAUUUCAUUUGUCAGUGGGUGUAGCUUGGACCCGUGGCUCCCUCCUCCUUUCAUCAUUCAAACUAGCAUGGUUGGAUUAAACUCUCUGAACGUGUAUAGAUGACACCUUUCCACCGGUUUGUUUUACCGCACCACCACCACCACCACUGACUGACAUCAUAACCUCGCGACCAAAACUGUGUUCAGAUGAAGACGCUUCUCAAGAUUUUUUGGUUUUUUUCCCCCCUCUUCUGUUUGCUCAUGUGUGUACUCUCUACUUUACGCGACUCACACACAAGCUUGUAAAAAAACAUGUAAGAUGUUUAUGGAAUAAUAGUUUUGGAUUUGUUACUGUUUAUAUUUGCAGGAUGUCGAUGUAUUUUGUUUGUAAGAAGAAAAAAAAAAAGAUUUCUAAUUUACUAGCAUGUUUGCCAAUAAAGAAGGAGGAAUGAGGUGCUUGGAAGAUGAUGAAAAAAAAAUUGGACUGAAAAACAAAAAGAUUAAGACAAAAAUGGAUAUUGGCAAGUGAAAAAAGAGAAAAUCAAGCAAAAGCAUUCCAAUAUUACAAACUAAA